AUGGGAGGUAAAAAGGUAGCGAGAGAGACUCUGUUGGCCUCAGUGCGUGAAGAUGACGGUGAUGAAGGUCAUGAAGAGCAGACGUUAGGAGGGAUCAGGAGCAGGCCACCCAGCCGACCUCGCAACAUCUAUAGCCGAGGCAGCGUGGACAGCCAGACAGUCGUUCGAGCAAGUGGCUGCAGCCAGAGAGAGCUGAGAGAAGGGGAGAAAUCUGAAGAUGAUGACGGCGCUGAUGAAAAUUACAAGGAGGAGGAGGAAAGUGGUCGUAGCAGUGAAGCGGUUGAUGGACAGGACGGAGCUGGAGUGUAUUUCGCCAUGGAUGAAGACUAUGACACGGAGCUGGAGCCUGAAGAUGAGCCAGGGAGGUACGACCCUACAGGUGAGGCACGUUACCGAGAGGUGUGUAAGAUGUUCAAUGUAGUUCCAGUGUCCUACUUCCUCAGAAACAUACGCAGCACGGAACUGAACAUGAUGCACCACGGACUCGGCCCUCAGGGUAGCAAAGCCUUGGCGGUUCCCUUGGUAACCAACACCUUCAUUGUGAAGCUGAAUCUGCGAGAUAAUGGAAUGGAGGGAGAAGGUGGAGCUGCCAUAGCUGACAUGCUGAAGGAGAACCUUUACAUCACAGAAAUAGAUCUUUCAGAGAACAAUCUCAGUGAAUGUGGGAUAAAGGCUCUGGCCAGCAUGCUGCUCGAGAACACCACCCUCAUCUCCCUUAACCUUUCUGGGAACCAUCUGGAUGAGCAAGCGGCUAAACACCUGGCUCCAGCACUGACCAAAAACCAGCACCUGCAGCAUCUGGACCUGAGCCAUAACCAGCUGGGUGAAGCAGCAGGGGAAAUUCUGGGUGAUGCAGUCACCGAGAACACAGGAAUGAAGUCACUUAGUCUGGCCUGGAACUGCAUUCGUGGAAAAGGAGCCAUUGCUUUAGCUAAAGGCCUUGGGGGUAACAUAUUCUUACAAACUGUGGACUUAUCUUACAAUGGACUGGCCAAAGAGGGAGCACUGGCUCUUGCUGAAGGGCUUAAAGAAAACAACACACUGGAGGAACUGAAUAUCAGUAUCAAUCGCAUCCCUCCUGAAGGAGCAGUCCACUUAGCCAUGGGUCUCAAAGCAAACAACAACCUUCGGGUUCUUAAAAUGGCUCGGAAUCCUGUUCGGUCAGCCGGAUGUUUUGCAGUGCUUAAAGCCAUAGAAGGAAACCCUUCUUCUUCGAUGGAGUAUCUGGACUUUUCUGACAUCAGCGUGGACCAAGAUUUUGAAGACUUGUUGAACACAAUCAAAGAAACACUCCCAAACUUCCAAGUGAAACACGGUGGCAAAAUCAGACCUUCCCAAAAUCUAAAGAGCUGA